CACACAUGAGAAAAGGACAAAUAGAGGUGUGAAAAGAAGAAACUCUCUCUCUUAUUGCAUCUCUUCUUGUAUAGAUUCCACAGUUUCAUCCAUCUCUAACCUUAGUUCUAUUGUCAAGGCAGAAUCACUAACUCAAAUGUCCUCAAGAUCUUUACUUCUAAAAGUCUCCCCCAAAAUCUCAAUCUUUCAAGAAUUUCCAUUUUCUUAUCCAUUAUGAGCACGGCGUCCUUGCUUAUGUCUUUCAUCUUUAAACACCUCUCCUUUCAUUUCCUACCUUUUUUUUUCCUGUAUCAGUUUCAGCUGGUUAGUUUCUUUUGAGGCCUGCACAAUAAAAAUAUGAUCCUACAACAACAUACUAUCCUCUUCUUAGCAAUCUUUGUUAUUUCAUUAAUCGGAGGUCAUGCAUCCAUCAAGUUCAGCUGCAACAGAACAUGUGGCACCAGCCAUCUUCCAUACCCUUUUGGAUUCUCUGCCAAUUGUGACAUCCAUUUAAAUUGUAGCCUAAAUGGUGAAAUGCUUAUCAAUGAUUUCCCAGUCCAGAUUGUAGGCCAAGAUACAAUAAAGAUCAAUCUUGAACCCAGAUGUUACCGUCCUGUCGAAGCCCUUUACAAUCUUUCUACCAAAAACUAUGCUCCAAAAUCAACAAACGCAAUUCUUCUAAACAACUGUACCUCUGGAUUUUCACCGUGCAAUAUACCUUCCAUAAGCGUGCGGACUCAUUUCGAGUCACUUAAUUGUUCAAAUAACAGCAGCGUAAGUUGUUUUUCUAAGGCGGAUACAGCAAAUGGAUUCUUUGAUUAUAACAUGGCCAAUAUUAGCCAGUGCAAGUAUCUUUUGUCAUCGAUUUCAGCGGAGUCUUUCACUGGUUCUGGUGUUUCCUUAGAGACUCAGAUGAUGGAGCUAUGGUGGUGGCUUCAAGGGGACUGCCAGUGCUCUAAGGAUGCCAUUUGUACUAAAGUUGAAUCACCUGCAGGGUCAGGAUUUCGGUGCCAGUGCAGAGAUGGACUAAUUGGUGAUGGAUAUCUUGCCGGGGUCGGCUGCCGGAAAGCUGCAGGUUGCAAUCCUGCAAAGUACUUGUCUGGUCAAUGUGGAGCAGGGGCUAGACCAGCUGUUUUACUUGGAGGCAUUGUAGCUGCAGUAGGGGUCGGUCUGGGUCUAUUUUGCUGUCUCACGAGGAGGAAUUCCAUUUCAAAAGCCAAAAGCUUCAGAAAACUCCACCGCGCUGAAGCUGCAGAUAUCAGCAUUCCCAUCUAUCCUUAUAAAGAAAUAGAGAAGGCCACAAAUAGUUUCUCUGAGAAACAAAGAAUUGGGACCGGCGCUUAUGGAACUGUUUAUGCUGGAAAACUUAGCAGUGAUUCAUGGGUUGCCAUUAAGAGGAUCAAACAUAGAGACGUGGACAGCAUUGAGCAGGUCAUUAAUGAAAUCAAGCUCAUUUCUUCUGUGAGUCACCCGAAUUUAGUCCGCCUCUUAGGUUGCUCCAUAGAAAACGACGAGCAAAUUCUUGUCUACGAAUUCAUGCCCAAUGGUACAUUGUGCCAGCAUUUACAAAGAGUAAGAGGUGAUGGACUUGACUGGCCUGUUCGCCUCGCCAUUGCUACCGAAACUGCUAAAGCAAUAGCCCAUCUCCACUCUGCUAUUGAUCCCCCGAUAUACCAUAGAGAUAUCAAGUCGAGCAACAUACUUUUAGACUUCGACUUCAAGUCCAAAGUUGCAGAUUUUGGUCUUUCUAGACAUGGCAUGACUGACAUGUCGCACAUCUCUACGGUCCCACAAGGAACUCCAGGGUACCUUGAUCCUCAGUACCAUCAAAACUUCCAUCUUUCGGACAAAACUGACGUUUAUAGCUUUGGUGUAGUUCUCAUUGAGAUCAUAACAGCAAAGAAGGUGCUGGACUUUUCGAGGCCUCAAGAUGAAGUGAAUUUGGCUUCUCUUGCUAUUGACAAGAUUGGCAGGGGGCUAUUGGAUGAGAUCAUAGAUCCAUUCCUUGAUUUACAUAAUGAUGCUUGGACCUUUUCUUCAGUGCAUAAAGUGGCAGAACUGGCAUUUAGAUGCCUCGCUUUUCAUAAAGACAUCAGGCCUUCGAUGAUGGAAGUUGCAGCAGAAUUAGAGCAGAUAAUGCUUACCAGAUGGCCACCUUCAGAGGAAAUAAACUGCACAACUUCAUUAGAUUUUUCCCAAUGCUCUUCUUCAUCCCAUGUCAGCGAGAAGGCUCUAAACUUAACGGUUAAAAAAACAGAAAUAGAGAGAAGAGGUUUGUUGGUUUUGCAGACACAGGCCAGUAGAAAGUCAACUGAAAGGACCGAUCAUAAUUCACCUAUGUCUGUUCAAGAUCCAUGGUUAAGUGAACAAAGCUCUCCUUCAUCGAGCAGUUUGCUAAAUAACGUUAUAGUUGAGUGAUUUGAGAUCAUUUCUUCCUAUGAUACCAUCAAUGUAUAUUAGUUUUUUUGUUCGACAGUUUUGUUUCGCCCCAGUUCCUUAAAAUCCUCCUCGUUUAAGCUGC